AUGAGUAUUGCUCUAGCACCGGCAGACAAAUUCUGGACGAAACGAGUUGAUUAUCAUCAGAGUCGUCGUACAAUGCUCAAAUUUCUUCUAUCCAUUCGUUCGUCACGUGAUAAUCGGCAAUUACUCGAUUGGAUCGAUGAAUGUGCACCAUCAUCACAAAUAAACUGGAAUGUCGUUGAAAAACACUAUAUUCAAUUGCAGAAUAUAAUCGAACCGUAUCAAGUAUUACACAAUGCCAACAAUUUGGGUAUCUAUUGGGAGAUGAAGAUUAAAAAUGUGGCGAAUAUAGUGGCUAGUCAACCUCGUCCAUAUCUUGUUCGAUAUCGUAACAGCGGAUUUCGACCGGAUGAGCUUAAAAUCUAUUGGAAUUAUAAACAGAUUCGAGAUAUAAUCAAAGAUAGUUCAUACAAUCCAGUAACCGAUAUCGAUGCCAGAAAAGCUCUCAUCAAAGUACCUCUACAAUUCAGAUGGCUAUCGCGCACUACUCGAUCUAAAAUAUACAAUGAUGGAUGGCGGAUUUAUGUUACCUGA